AUGGCUCUGGAGAAAGAAGAACAAGAGUCACAAAACGGUCAAAACGCACCGUUUUGUACCCUUGAUAUGCUCUACUGUGAGGAAGAAACUGCGUUUGUGGAAGAAGAUCUUGAUAAUAAUGAAGACUUAGAAGAAUUUCUCGAGAAAUCCGAUGAGAAUGUUGCAAAGUUUCAGUUUUUACCUCUUUUGGAUAUGUUUUUAUGGGAUGACGAUGAGUUGAUUAGUCUGAUUUCGAAGGAAAACGAAACGAUUCCUUGUCUUUACGACAAAAUCUCAGAUGGGUUUCUGGUUUCUUGUAGGGAAGAGGCUUUAGAUUGGGUUUUUAGGGUUAAAUCUCAUUACGGGUUCUCUUCAUUGACUGCUCUGCUUGCUGUAAACUACUUCGAUAGGUUUAUUACAAGUAUAAAGUUUCAGACAGAUAAGCCAUGGAUGUCUCAGCUUGUAGCUGUGUCUUGUUUGUCUUUAGCUGCUAAAGUUGAAGAGAUUCAUGUUCCAUUACUCAUAGACCUUCAAGUGGAAGAAGCAAGGUAUGUCUUUGAAGCUAAAACUAUACAAAGAAUGGAGCUUUUGAUUCUUUCUACUCUUCAAUGGAGGAUGCAUCCCGUGACUCCAAUCUCUUUCUUCGAUCACAUUAUCCGGCGAUUUGGCACUAAAUGUCACAAGCAAUUGGAGUUCUUUAGGAAGUGUGAGCGUCUUUUGAUCUCUGUUGUUGCUGAUACGAGGUUUAUGAGUUACAUUCCUUCUGUGUUAGCUACUGCAAUAAUGAUUUAUGUCAUAAAGGAUUUGAAACCAUGUGAAGAAGAACUUGAAUACCAAUCUCAGCUCAUGACUCUACUCAAAGUUAAUAAGGAAAAAGUUAGUGAAUGCUUUGAGCUAUUGUUGGAGCAUAAUCCAAGCAAGAAGAGGAUGAUGAAUUGGCUUGAUGAGGACAGUCGAAGCGGUGUAUUCGACUUUGACGACAGCUCAAAUGGCUCUUGGAAUGUCUCUGUUGCUUCAGUAUCAUCAUCAUCAUCUCCAGAGCCUCUGUUUAAGAGGAGAAGAGUGCAGGAGCAGCAAAUGAAGUUGUCUUCAAUAAACAGUAUGUUUCUCGAUGCGCUUAGUAGUCCUCGCUAG